CAAAAAGCCUAAUUAACCUUUGUUUGUUAUUUUAAAAGGAAAAUUUAAGUGCUGUUCCCUCCUGGCUCUAAUACAAAGAUGCUAGCCCUUGUCAAUGAUAUAUACUUCAAGAGGCAAUGGGAUUCAAAAGUUGAGAAGAAAAACACCAGGAAAAUGCCUUUCAGGCUGAACAAGGAGCUUAAACCAAUGCCCUGAGCAGAAGUAUGCUGUGGUUUGAGGAGCAUUCAUGGAAAAAGAGCAAGACAUUUCAAACAGGAAAAUAACGCCAGAAAUGUACUACUUCUUAUAAUUACGUUGUUCUGUCCUUGCUGCCUAUGCCUUGCUGAAGCAUCGUAAGGUAAGGACCAGAAUUCCUUAGAGUCACCGAUGAAAAUGAGGAGCAAUGAGAAGUCCUGUGUUAAACUUAGCUGACACAUCAAUAUUUUGUGUGUAUUUGUAUUUCUGGACAAAACUAUUCCAGCUUUUUUGUAAGCACAUCUGCAGCAUGCAAAGGUUUGAAAGAAGACUGUGUAGACAGAGAGAGCUUUUCUAUGCUUUGCCUCUCAUGCUGUGAAAGCCUUCCCCAUUUACAGUAGAAAUAUCAGGAAUCCCCAGCAGAGGAACAGACCUGGAAAAACUAAGGAAGGGCAGUUGAUACAUGGGGAACUCCUGCUGUGGUGUUUCUGCAGGAAGCACAGCAUCCCAGGUGUACCUGGGUUAGUCUGCAUGUGAUAUGAACACACGGUCUGAGCCACAUCACUGCAACAACUGCAAAGUGCUCAGCUGCAGCAUAUGUAAUGUGCCCACGUGGCAUUGUUGUUCUGUGCACACACCAUGCCCGUUCUUCUAGGGUGUCACGCAAAUGAAAGCAAACUACUGUUUUCCAACUUGUUAGGCAUUCAAAAAACUAUGGAACAAAUGGCUACAUUCCUCUUCUCCAUGAAGGACAAAAUUUCCGGUUCAAAAAGAGAACAGGUAGGUAAAACUCCCUGGAAGGCAUUUUCAAGAAAGAAGUCUUCAGAAGCAUGGAACUGCAGCAGCCAAAGGGAAUUGCCCUACCUCUCUUCUGGAAUCAUUGCCUUAUGCCACAAUUGGCCAAAUAGGUACUUCAGUAAUUCAUAUUCUAUAUUUUUGUUUCCCUUCCUACUGUGCCACCUGCAGAAACUUUAAUAAUUAAUUUUUAUUACAAAAACAUCUGUGUUUAAAUUUGGUGGCAUAAUUUUUAAUAGCAACAUGCAUCAACAUCUUUAGAAUUUAUUUUUACAGGUAAAACAUCUGAAAAUUCCUUUGUUUCUAUUAGUUUUCUUUGAAUAAAUAGGUAUUUUAUUUUAUUUUUAAUUUAUGUAACAGUAUGCAUUUAAAAUUGUGACUUCUCUGUGAAUUCCUGGAGAUAAGAAAAAGUUCAAGAUCCCACUAAAGGUCCCCUAAUUAUCCUAACUGCUUGCAACAGACAGGAAUGUGAUUCGUCAUGAAUGAAAAUUAUGCUACCACUGGGAGUGGCAAUGGCUUUAUAUUCCAUUGCUCUAGCAGCCCUGACAUCAAGCCUUACAGUCAAAUUGACACCAUCACUCCUGAGGAGAAGGUGUGUUUCUAAAGAAGAUUAAAACCAAACCACUUCUCACUUUUUCUGCAUGACCCAGGCAUUGACAACAUCACAAUGGGCUCACUUUGUGCAGCCAAUGCCAAAUUCUGUCUUGACUUUUUCAAAGAGCUGAGCAAAAUGAAAAAAAAUGAAAACAUCUUUUUCUCACCACUGAGUCUCUCAGCUGCCUUUGGAAUGGUUCUCCUCGGUGCCAGGGGCAACACACUCAAACAGAUAGAGAAGGUAUUUCAUUUUGGUGAAGUUUUGACUGAUGCAACGCAGAGAACCAGAUAUCCUUCUGAGAAGUGUGAAGAAGCUGGAGGAGUCCAUUCCCAGUUCCAGGCACUGUUAGCUGCAGUCGGUGAACCCAGCCCAGGCUGCUUUCUCACCACUGCCAACAGGCUCUUUGGAGAAAUCACUUACCCGUUCUUCCAGCAAUACUUGGAUUCCACAAAGAAGUUCUAUAGAGCAGAACUGGAAGCAGUUGAUUUUAAAUAUACUAAGGAAGAAACCAGAGGGAAAAUCAACUUCUGGGUGGAAAAUGAGACAAAAGGUAAAAUCAAAGACCUAUUUGCUGCUGGGUCUAUUGAUCCCUCCACUGUACUUGUGCUGGUCAAUGCCAUAUAUUUUAAAGGAAAGUGGGCAGUAGAAUUUAAGAAAGAAGAUACCAAGGAAACAUAUUUCAGACUGAACAAGAAUGAGAGAAAGACAGUGCAGAUAAUGUUUCGGGAAGGUUAUUUUAAGCUGGCCAUCAUAGAGGAACCAAAAAUUAAAGUGAUAGAGCUCCCUUACUUUAAUAAUGAACUGAGCAUGCUUAUUCUUCUUCCUGAAGUUGUGUAUGAAGACUUUACUGGCCUAGAACAGCUUGAAAACACCCUCACAUAUGAAAAACUAGCAGAAUGGACCAGCUUGGAUAAGAUGCAACAGCUGACAGUGAAGGUAUACCUGCCCCAGUUCAAGAUGGACGAAAGUUAUGUUCUCAACAAAACACUCCAGGAGAUGGGAGUGAUGAACAUUUUUGACUGGGGAAAAGCGGAUUUAUCAGGAAUCUCUAGGAAAGAUGGUCUGGUUAUGUCCAAGGCCAUUCAUAAGUCAUCUGUGGAAGUGAAUGAAGACGGCACUGAAGCGGUUGCUGCCACACAGGUUGUUGCAAUGCCUUUGAGUCGCCCAAUUUCUUAUGAGUUCAAAGCUGACCACCCAUUUCUUUUCUUCAUCAGACACAACCCAACCAACACCAUUCUCUUCUUUGGCAGAUAUUCCUCCCCUUAAGUGAAAGUUAUUUUGGAAAUUAGAUCUUUCUCCCCACUGACAUUCCCAUUGGCAAUUACAGAGGACAAAAGAGAGCACAUUCUCACAGAUUUCGUAAGGGAAAAACUGGAGAUCAAAACCUAAAAAGUUUUAACUGUUAAAUUCUUAGUAUCAGCUCCAGGUAUGAUUUACUUUUAGGAGGGACUUAAUAAAUCUGAAGGACAAGCUAAAAUAGCCUCUACCUUAAAAAGCAAUAGACAUAUCUUUUCUAUUGUUGAGCUUUCCCCUUUCCUAAUGUAGUAUUCCUACAAUAAAGCCAUGAUUUUAGUGCCCUAAAGACAGGUGAUAGAUUCUCAAGCAUGAAGCAGACAAGAGGAUAGGGAUCUGCAUUAGAAGGAUAUCUGUAUGUAAUUAGGUACUCAAUCUCUUUUGGCUUUACCUACAUGAGCUUUGCGUAGAUCUCCAGAAAAAUGCCAUUUUGUAUGGGAGUAGCGAAGUAGCACAAGUUUCGUGUUCUGUUUUAUCCCUCAUCAGAAUAAAAUAAAAAUAAAACUUAUAUGGUGAUG